UGUAUGCAAACCUGAAUAUGGGGUUUCUAAGUCAACUAUCAAUUAUGCCCCUUCUCUUUGUUGCUAUGGUCUUUUGUCAGCAUGAAGAUUAUGAUUUUGAGGAUGAAUAUGACCCAGAACCAGAUGAACAGCCAUCUCUCUUUCAUAUUAAUCCUAGUGUAGAUUAUGAAGUUUCUCACUUUUCUGGUCCGCUUAGAUGUGCCAAAGAAUGUUUUUGCCUGACAGCAUUUCCAUUGUCAAUGUACUGUGAUCAUCGGAAACUUAAGAUGAUACCAGCUAUUCCCAUCCAUAUCCAACAACUCUAUCUUCAGUAUAACAAUAUUGAAGCUGUGAGUUCACAGUCAUUUGCUAAUGUUACUAUCUUGAGAGAAAUUAAUCUCAGCCACAACAAAAUUAAUUCUUAUAUGAUUGACUAUGGUGUUUUUGCCAAACUUGGAAAUUUAGUUCAGCUUCACUUGCAGCACAAUGAAUUGGAGGAAUUUCCAUUUCCACUUCCCAACUCUUUAGAGCAACUUCUCCUUGGUUUCAAUAAAAUUUCCAGAUUACCUGCAAAUGCUUUACAAGGAUUAGUAAAUGUAACUAUGCUUGAUCUCUGCAACAACAAUCUGGAUGACUCUGAUUUUAAAGGAAAACAAUUGUCAAAUAUGAAAAAUCUAAUGCAGAUCAACCUAUGCAACAACAGAUUACAGAACAUGCCUCCUGAUCUACCAUCUUCACUUAUGUAUCUUUCACUUGAAAAUAAUUCAAUUUCUUACAUUCCAGAAAACUAUUUCAAUAAACUUCCAAAUAUCACUGCUCUAAGACUGUCAAACAAUAACCUGCAAGAAGUCCCAUAUAAAGUUUUUAACCUUUCCAACCUUGUAGAACUCAAUCUUGGACACAACAAACUGAAGCAAACAUUCUACAUUCCUAGAAGUCUGCAACAUUUAUACAUUGAAGACAAUGACAUUGAAAUUGUAAACAUUACUUUGAUGUGUCCUUUUAUUGAUCCAGUGAACACCAAUCAGUUAACCUACAUUCGGAUGGAUCAAAACAAGCUUACAGCUCCAAUAAGCACAUACGCAUUCUUCUGUUUUCCUCACAUACGCAUUAUUUAUUAUGGUGAACAGAAAGGUACUGUCAGCCAAUCAACGCAGCUCAGGACUCCAGUGUUCCAAAGAUUUUUAACACCAGAUGAGUAUGAAGAAGCGCGCAAUGAGCAUGAAGUAGAAUAUGAGCAUGAAGAAGAUGUUGUAGAAAGAGAAGAGGACUACAUUUACUUACACUGAAGUAAUUCCACAGUGCAAA